AUGUCCCACCUUGGGCGUCCUGACGGGAGAAAGAACAUGAAGUACACACUAGCUCCUGUGGCCGAUGAACUAAAGAAACUUCUCAAUAAGGAAGUAAAAUUCCUAGAGGACUGCGUUGGUGAUCAGGUGGAAUCUGCUGUUGCUGAUCCAGCUCCAGGCUCCGUCUUUUUGCUCGAAAACCUACGUUUCCAUGUUGAAGAAGAAGGCAAAUGUGUGAAUGAGAGUGGUGAGAAGAUAAAAGCUUCACCUGAAUCCAUCGAGAAAUUUCGCGCUUCGUUAACUAAACUCGGUGAUAUCUAUGUUAAUGACGCAUUUGGAACUGCGCAUAGGGCUCAUAGUUCGAUGGUUGGUGUAAAGUUGGAUACGCGCGCUUGUGGAUUUUUGAUGAAGAACGAGCUAGUUUACUUUGGGAAAGCACUGUGUGAUCCUGCCAGGCCAUUUUUGGCUAUUCUCGGUGGUGCAAAAGUCGCGGACAAAAUUCAACUUAUUAAGAAUAUGCUUGACAAGGUGAACGAAAUGAUUAUUGGUGGCGGUAUGGCCUUUACGUUCCUCAAGGUUGACCAGAACGUCGAGAUAGGAAAGUCACUUUUUGAUCAGGAGGGUGCCAAGAUCGUCAAGGAAUUGCUGGCUAAGGCCAAAGAAAAAAAUGUCAAGAUUCAUCUGCCUGUAGAUGUUGUAGUUGGCGAUAAAUUUGCGGAAGGCGCGUCUUCCAAAGUAGUCACGCUUGCUGAAGGAGUUCCGGCAGGUUUGUGGAAGGAACUAAACGGCUGGCUAUUCUGUCUUCGUAUUUUUUUGCUGCUACCAGUAGUCUAUACUACGUUUCAGCAGUUUUGUGCAAAGAAUCUGGUGUGUAAUGGUAGUAGUAUCAUAUAA